AUGCCUCUAACACCUAAAGAAAGGCAGAAACUUUAUCGAGAACGGCUGAAAGAAGUAAAUCCUGAAAAAUUUAAAUUGAAGAAGAAAGAAAAAAAGGAAAAAAAAAAGAAAAAAAAGAAGAAAAGUAAGAAAGAACCUAAGCCUGAAGUAGUGCCUUUAGAAGGACAUGGACAAAUUUUAACACAGAAGAGAAAUUAUAAUAGAAGCGUCAUUUAUAGACUGAAAAAUGAAAACACAAAGCUAGAAGAGGAAUUAAAAAAAAUAUAA